CAAGGCCAUUUGAAGAUAUACAUUUUUAUUUUCCAACUUUGUUUAUUUUGUAAUAUUCUGAAUAAAUUAUAAAUUCAGAACUUUAUUUAUUUUUUAUUUUCGGGGCCGUUCAUCUUCCCCGUCCGUCGUAAUUCGUACGAGAAUUGUAACAGUCUUAAGGUAGUAGUCAUAUCCGUGCGCAAUGGCGGGUAUGGACGGAUUCGGUUUUGACGCUCACACCGGAAACGAGUGUAGUUCCGAGACUCCGGUUGUGAACGUUUCGGCUGGAUUGGGUGGCUCUGUUGGGCAGACCACUCCGAUCAACAUUCCUUUCGGAUCGAGUGCGUCCAUGGGGUCCACUCCGAUCACCGCCUUCGUUGGAUCGAGCGCGACUAUGGGGUCCGCUCCGGUCACCUCGGUUAUUGGACCAACCGCGGCUACGGCCGCAGUGGUCACCCCACUCGGACCGAAUAUGGCUUCGGCCAUACCAGUCAUUCCCUCACUUGGACCGAACACAGGUGUCUUCACAUCCGCACCGGUCGGACAUCCUACUGUUAUGCUACCUGCGAACUCUGUCAAAGAACCGGCAAUGUUCACAGUGUUGGCUUUAAAACUUGUAGCAAGGGAGUUUAUUUUGGCUGAACACCCUCAACCUUGCGAGGCCGAGGACGCUGGUGCGAAGAAAUUCGUUGUCGGUAAGGUCUUGGAUUUUAAGAUGGUGGAUUCCAAACCCGUGGUUAGUCAAGCUGAAGAGUUGAUCCUCAUUUUUAAUGAGUGCACUGAAGAGGGAAUGGGAGUCAGUGAGGCAUUCCAAGUGGCGGCGAUUAUUCAUGUGCUCCUGCCAGCUUGGGAUGAGUUCUGGGGCUAUCUCAAGCUCAAACGGAAAGAAAUGACUUUAGAACAGUUGCUUGUUCGUCUCCGGAUCCGUGAAGAGGGUCUCACUCGCGAGAAGAAAGUAGCUGUUGCUAAGGCCAGUGUGGUGGAGCAUCCACCCAAAGAGGGUUCUUCCAAAGGGCCCAAGCCAAAUAAGGACAAGAAGAAAAUAGGUCUUAAAGGAGGCGUCGCGAAGCCCAAGUUCGUGGGGAAAUGCUAUAACUGUGGCAUUACGGGACACCGUUCUUUAGAGUGCCGCAAGAAGCCUCAGAAGAAGAAGCAGAAGAAGGAAGAAGCUCUCUGCUCGGAGCUAGAUUCUAUGGACCUUUGUGCUGUCGUGACAGAGGUCAACCUGGUCGGGUCUAACCCGAAAGAGUGGAUGAAGCGCGGUCACUGUGGGGGCGGUGCCGGUUCCCCUGGUCAGUCCCCUUCCGUUCCUGCUUAAGACAGUGAGUCCCGAAAAUGACGAGGCAAAAUAAAGAUUCUGGUCCAGA